CGCGGUUGGGAUGUUUGGGUGUCACCCUGCGGUGAAGUCAAGGAACGCCAUGAUGCCAUGCGAAUGGUGGUCCAUGUAUGGGACUGACUGUGAGGUUUUACAACGACUAGCUGUCCGUGUGCUUGCACAGACGGUGUCCUCGUCACCCUGUGAAAGGAAUUGGAGUACAUUCUCCCUCAUACAUACAAAUAAACGUAAUAGAAUAGGGUAUGAGAGGCUUCAGAAGCUAGUGUAUUGUCACUACAAUAUGAAGUUACGAGAGAGGUUGCUCCUCUCGGAAGGAAGAAGAAAAGCACAGGAAGACCUAUUGGACCUGAUGACUGUCGGACAACAUGCAUAUGCUGAGGAUGCGGAGGAUGACCUAGUUUACCAGUGGGUUAGGUCGGAUGACUUAGAUACCUCGGAUGGGCGACCAGAGCCACAUAUUGCGGUAGAAGUAGAGAUACAAGGGAUUGAUGUUGACAAACAUGUGGAGCAACAGAGGUCUCCUUAUGAGGCAUUCGACCUAUUAACGAGGAGUCCAAAGGGCAGCCCACGACAGUCACUAUCACGCGAGACAUGUGGCGGGGAAACAUUGUCUGACACCGAGACUGAAUCAGAGAGUGAUGCGGGAAAUGAGUUCGGUGAUGAUGAUGGCGGCGAUAAGGGUGACAAUGACUCUGAUGAUAGUAAGGAUGAUGAUGAUGAUGAUGGUGGUGGCGACGGGGAUGGUGGUGACGUGGGUGGGAGUCAGGAUAAGAGGCCUCUUAGCCCUUUUACCGGGAAGGAGAAUUUUGAUCAUUCCACGCAGGACCCUGACCAUGGUUCUCGUCCAGGAGAACCACGACCUCGUCUUGUUUACAAUAAGACAUACACACGUCAAAAGCUACUGCAGAAAAAGAAGACUCAUAAACUUUCAGAUUUUGAAGAGGAGCUGCUGGCAAAAUGCAUGAGGGACACAAGUGUUCGUGGCAGGCGAGGUGGCUCUAGAUUUGGAUCACGGACGAGGGGAGCUCGAGUUAUAGGCCACAACAUGAAUAUGCAUCACAAACACUGGAGAGUAGCCCGAGUUCUGGCCAAGCCCCAAUUGCACUGGUCCCUUGAUGGUUGGAAUGGACAAUUCACUGCUGACUUAGGCCUAGACACCAACAAUCAUAAACCUGCAUUAGUCAGAAAUUGCGGAUGUGGAUCUGCCUGCAAGUGCGGCUCUGGUUGUGGAGGAUGCAAGAUGUAUCCUGAUUUCUCUUUCUCUUUCUCUGGAGAAACCACCACCACUGAAACUAUGAUUGUUAGGGUCACUCCUCAAAAGGGAUACUUUGAAGGGUUUGAGAUGAAUGAUGGGUCCGAGAAUGGAGGCUGCAAAUGCAGAUCUAACUGCACCUAUGACCCAUGCACCUGCAAAUGAGAAACU